AUGUGCUGGGGCAUAUCAACACCAACACCCCCCUCCACCCCCUCCACUCCCCCCGCCGAAACCGACACUAUCAUAGCAGUCGCAAACGGCUUCCUCUCCGCGUUCAACACAAAAUCUCGAGUCGACUUUGAAAAACACUGCGUAUGUGCUGGUGGCAUGUCCCUUUCCCUCCCAUCAUCUACGGCCACAAAUUUGCGCUUCUGCACCAUCGGCUCUUUCAUCGAGUAUAUGGCGACAAUACAAGACAAUGUGGAUGAGCGGAUCUGGGAUCCAGAGGUCAAGUUGCAUGAGGGGAUCAAUCUUGCAGCUGUCUGGGCUCCUUUUCGAGCGAAGAUUAAUGGUGUUGUGGACCACGUUGGCGUGGAGCUUUUUGUCUUGCAUAAGAUUGAUGGGGAGUGGAAGGUCACUGGGUUGGCGUAUUCUUGCAGGAAGCCUACGGCAGAGGAGAUGGGGAUGGAGUAG